ACUUGUUGCUGGAAGGUCUCAGCGCUCCGGACGAGUUAAACACACACGCGUUAGCUUUCGGUCCUAAACAUCUAGUUGUACUAAUCUGCUGCACAGCCGGAGUCAGCUCAUAUUCACACGUGUAUGUGAAUUGCACCUGAGCACAGUUGGGAGCAACUUGCUCCAACAACAACAACGGAGGUCCGCGCGGAGGAAUGCGCUUUAUCUGAGAACAUACGCCAGAAGAGACAACAACGUUGUGUCAGGAUGCAGAACUUACAUGUUGCCCCUCUUCCGUCAAACCGACAGCCGUCUGUUGGGGCAGUUUCACCGGGUGAAAAUCCUCACGUUGGGAAAGCUCCGUCCCAGGUGACGGUGAAGAGACAAGCCGUGAAGAGACACCACCACAAACACAACCUGAAGCACAGGUACGAGUUCCUGGAGACGCUCGGGAAAGGAACCUAUGGCAAAGUGAAGAAGGCCAAGGAACGAUCCGGUCGACUGGUUGCGAUAAAGUCGAUCAGAAAGGAGAAGAUAAAGGAUGAGCAAGACCUGGUUCAUAUUCGCAGAGAAAUUGAGAUCAUGUCCUCUCUGUGCCAUCCGCACAUCAUCACCAUCUAUGAAGUAUUUGAGAACAAGGACAAAAUAGUGAUUGUGAUGGAGUACGCCAGCCGAGGAGACCUGUACGACUACAUCUGUGACAAGAAGAACAUCUCUGAACGGGAGGCCAGGCACUUCUUCAGACAGAUUGUAUCAGCUGUGCACUACUGCCAUCAGAAUGGAAUAGUACACCGGGACCUGAAACUGGAAAAUAUUUUACUAGAUGGCAACGGCAAUGUGAAGAUCGCAGACUUUGGGCUGUCCAACCUCUUCCAUUGUGAUAAGUACCUUCAAACCUUUUGUGGAAGCCCUCUGUACGCUUCCCCUGAGAUAGUCAAUGGCCGGCCAUACCGCGGGCCAGAGGUGGACACUUGGUCUCUUGGUGUGCUGUUGUACACUAUGGUUCAUGGUACUAUGCCAUUUGAUGGAAACAACCACAAGGCAUUGGUCCAACAGAUCAGCACUGGAAACUAUCGUAAACCCAUCAAUCCCUCUGAUGCAUGUGGGCUCAUCCGAUGGAUGCUGAUGGUAAAUCCUGACCGUAGAGCCACAAUAGAGGAGAUUGCAGGACACUGGUGGCUUAACUGGGGCUACCAGCAGCCAUUACUGGUUGAGGCAAAGAGCAGUCCAGUGGAGCAGACCACUCCACCGGCCUCUCCUUCUACAUCGCAUUCUGGCGGGCUGGCCUUUGUCGGUAGUUGGCUGCGCCGUACAUCCAGGCCUCUACUUGAGAACGGCUCUAAGGUGCGCUGCCUGCUCCGCUCACAGGCCGGUGGAGGGGAUGUAGUCCGGCAGCGCUCUCUGCGAAGGUCGCGAAAGGAAAAUAACGUCUCCCAGACCAACCAUGAAGUCAGCACCGACGGUCGCCCCUCGAAGGGGAUUUUGAAGAGACGCAACAGUGUGAAACAGAAGCCAACGAGUGAAGUCCCGGCUGUCGGUUCAGUGGAGCCACACCACAUUUUGGGUUUGCCUCCACCAGCUGAUGCGCCUUCUGCUGCUCUGCUGCCUCGCAAAGGUAUCCUUAAGAAGAGAACAGAGCAGGAGUCAGGGUACUACUCCUCCUCUCCCGAGAACAGUGACUCUGGCUGGGCUCUACGAAAUAGAGAGUGCCCUUCAGCACCGACUCAUAAAGGCAUCUUGAAGCGCAAUGGAAAGUUCUCCUCGGGUAGGCAGCAGGAGUUUGGCUCUCUGGACCAGCUGGCAGCGUCUUUACCCUGCGGCGGCGGCGGGGCCAUCAGCGAGGACAGCAUUCUGUCUUCUGAGUCCUUUGACCAGCUGGAUCUGCCAGACCGUGUAGGAUCUCCAGCACGAAUGGAUAAACCAGCCAAGUCUAGCAUGAGAGGAUGUGUGUCUGCGGACAACCUGCUGGACAUCACGGAAGACGGGAUCCUUGGUGAUGGGUCGCUCAGGCCCUGGAACUGCUACAGGGCAGGAGUGGCCGACAGUUCCUUUUCUAUCACAGACUGUGAUAACGUAACCGAGGCCUACAAACAGGCCAUGGUUACACGAGGCGCUGCAGCAAGCUGAAGACCUUUGAUUGGUGAAGGACACUAACUUAAGCCUGCUAAACUAUUGAAGACUUGUUUGCCAAAGUGCAUGAGGUGACACAACCAGCACACUGUCGUGAUAAUCAUUUUGGCGAACUUCAGGAACAGCACAGUACCAAAAAAGGAGGAGAAUUCUUAUUUUACAAGAUUGUAUUUUAGGUGAUAGAGAUCUAUUUGUAUCGUUUGAGAAACUGGCUAAAAAUAACCUGACUGCACAGUCUUUUACAAAAAUGAUGCAGCAGUUUAGAAUAACCAUUUCAGAGAUCCUCAGGAGAAGGAAGAGAGCUGCUGUGGGUGAAUCGGGAGCUCUUCAUUUUCACGCCUAUUAUCAAAAGUGUAAUUAAAGCAAAAAGUCACCCUGAAACCAAAACCGGCAAUAUCAAAGUUGUGACAUGUUUGUUUAAGAUAUAUCUCGGUGGCAAUAAACCAAACUGACAUUAACAGUCACAAUAGGACGACUGUUUGAACAGCCAUAAAGUCGGUGUCUUUUAUUGUUGACGGGAGAGUUUGAGAACGUGAAACUUAACGUCUCUUUAAGAUUCUAGCGAUGUGAAAGCUGAUCAUCUGUCAAUGUAUCUACGAGAACAGUAAUGACGCACAGGUAAAUGUUGGAAUGGGUAUACUAAAGCUUUAUUGUGCUUCAGGAUGUGGGGGAAAAUUAUAUUUCAUGGAUACCAAAGAGUAGGUUUGUCAAUAUGAGUUUUUUGUUUAUGCAAAAGCAAGUGCCAAAAGAAUCUUUGUUUGUAACCGGGACUUAAGCGCUUUUUUUAUUAUCUUGUCGUUAUUUGAAAUGACUCAUUCUUCGUUUGGAUAAUGACUUUAAUAACAAUCGUGACCUGACGCAUGGAGCGUAACCAGUAGAACCUGCUUAUGCUCACGGACAGGUGGCCCUUACCUCUGUGUGCAAGUGGCAGUUUUACAGGUGGAGCUCGUUAAGCUUUUUUUAAAGUCAGAUUUAAAUUUGGAAAACGGUGAGGUGUUUGAAAGUGAACAAUGCGCCCCAGCUAACUACUGCACGCUGUGUAUAAUAUGUAACCGUACUACUGAAUUUCCAAGUUGUCAUGGAGCUCAUAUGUAUUAAAAUAUCAAUACACCUCAGAUGGGAAAGUAUUUAACUGUUAAAGCCCUAGGUGUAAUCCUGGUGACCUUAAAUGACCAAACCUAAAUAACAGGUUUAAAAGUAAAAUCAUGAAUCAUUCAUGAUAAUCAUUUAGUUUUACAAGAUAUCUGGUUCCUACUCCUGCUUUAUGAAAUACCCACUGGUAAUCAGAUUUCUGUGUGAAAUGUCUGCACACUGGAGUUACUUGACUGGAUUGUCAAGCUGGCUUUAAAGUGGAACAUCAAGCCAGAGUUUGAGCACCAUUUCAUCGGACCAUCCAAACCAGACGACAGGUUUUGAGUUUUUAUAAUGAAAGUUACAAGAAGGCGGUCCUUGGCUGCUUCAUUUAUCUCCUGUUAUUUAUGGUAAUGUUGUUGCCACACUGUGGGGCUAAUCUGGAAUUUAGUUUCUACAAAAGCACAAAGAGUGAUUUCAACUGGAAGUUCUUGUCAUUUUAUUUCUAAUGUCACAGACGACUGGUUUAUUAUUCAAGUGUUACAGAGGAAGAGGGGUGUAAAAUAGUACCUUUCAUUUUCUUUUACAAUAUGAAGUGCAUUUUAUCACUUCCCCUCCAGACAUUCUUAUCUUUAUUAUACAUCAAGGAAAAAACAUGUUUGCUCAAGUCAUGGGGCUAAUUAUUUAUAUGAUACUGAUCUGCCAUGCUGUUAUGACCGGGAAGAGGACAUCAAUAAAAAGAAAACUGAGAACUCAAA